UUUUUUAGAUCUUCUCUCUCACAAAAUUGACUUAGAUAAAUUUGCUUCCGCGUUCAGUCUCGAUGAAACUAAUAUAAAAAAUAUUUUUGAAGAUUUGAAAAUUAAAAUUAAACCAGAAGUUUUACGAGCAGAAAUAAAGAAAAUUAAUGAAACGAUUAAAAAGGAAAAUCAGACUAAUCAAAAGAAUAAUAAAAACGAAAUAAUUCAAGAAAAAAAUAAAGAAAAUUUAGUAGAGUCAAAUAAAUCUAAUGAAAAUAUGGAAGACAAAAAUAACGCUGAAAUUAAAUCGUGUAAAGAAAUAAAAGAAGAAAAAAAUUCAAAAACUAAAAAAUCUAAGAAGAAAAAAGGGGUAAAAAAUGAGGGGGUUGUUGAUGAAAUAAAAGAAGAUAAAAAUAUAGUAGUUAAUAUUGAAGGGGAGGAAGUGGUGAAUAAAAAUGAAGAAAGUAAUAAGGAAGAGGAUAAUAAGGUAAACACCGAACAUCAAGAAGAAAAGGUGACACAAAGGAAUAAUGAAGAGCAAAACAUUGAAGAAAAAGAAGAGAAAACUGAAGGAAAUAUUAAAGAGGAGAAAAAUGAAGAAGAAGAAAAGAAGAUUGAAUGGAAUAAGGAAGAAAGGAAGAAAAAUGAAGAGAAUAGUGAGAUUGGAGGGAAUAAUGAAGGGAAGAAAAAGGAGGAAGAAGAAGAUGAAAGGGAAACUGCAGGGAAUAAUGAAGAAAAUAAUGACGAAGAAGAAAAGAAGACUGAAAUGAAUAAGGAAGAGAAGAAGAAAAACGUAGAAGAGGCAAGGAGGAUUGAAGGAAAUAAUGAGAGAAAGAAAAAAGAAGGGGAAGAAGAUGAAAGGACGACUGAUGUAAAUAUUGAAGAAAAGAAAAAUGAAGAAGAAGAAAACCCGAUUGAAUGGAACAAGAAAGAGAAGAACGAUCAAGAAAAGGAAAGGACUCACGGAGUAACUAAAGAGAAAAAGGUGGAAAAGGAAGAAGGGAAGGUCGAAGUGAAUAAUGAAGCUAACUCUGUCAAGAAGUAUUCCAAUGAUAAGAAAACCAGGCGAAAAAAUAAAUUUAGGAAAACAAAGUCUAAUAAUACGAAAAAGACUGAGGUUAAGGAUAAAGAAGCUUUGAUUAAUGCAGAAAAUGAAAAGUGUGUAAGAAUUCUCUAUAUUACGUAA